GGAGGAUUUUUAUUGGACGUCUUGUCACAUCGUAAGAGCAGUGUUGUUUAAUAUAAAUAAUUUUUUUUUUUAUUGUGGCUCUAAUCCAAAUUGGAGCAGCCACACCAUAGCCAAGAAAUUUACCAGAAAGGAACUUUCUUUAAGUUGAUUCAACUUCAUCAGUAAUCAUAUCGCUAUCACUCUCCUCUUUCCACUUCCACUAACAAAAAGCAAAACCAAUAAUAUAAUGUUAAUGUCUGCCACUAUAACUAUUAUAUAAUUAUUAUGCAAUCUCUUCUCUUCUCUGCUCUUCUCACUUCUUCUAUAUAUAUAUAUAUAUACAUAUACAUAAUUUAAGAGUACUAAUUAAUUAAGUUGUAUUUGAAUUUGUUACCUAUCCAAUAUCAAAUAAUUAUAGAUGGCCUUAGUGUUCAAGGUCCGAAGGUCAGAACCCCAACUGGUGGCUCCGGCUAAGCCAACACCCAAAGAGCUCAAACUACUUUCUGACAUAGACGACCAAGAAGGUCUUCGCUUUCAUAUUCCUGUUAUACAAUUUUACAAGUACGAUCCAUCCAUGAAGGGAAUAGACCCCGCCAAAGUCAUCACACAAGCACUCGCUAAAACCCUCAUCUUUUACUAUCCUUUUGCUGGCAGGCUCAGGGAGCUACCCGGAACACAACGUAAGCUUGCAGUGGACUGCACCGCCGAGGGGGUCCUCUUCGUCGAAGCCGAUGCAGAUGUCACCUUGAAGGACUUUGGGGAUGCUCUUCAACCCCCCUUUCCUUGCUUGGAAGAUCUUAUUUUCGAUGUUCCUGGCUCCGCUGGUGUCCUUAACUCUCCCUUGAUUCUUAUCCAAGUCACUCGCCUUGCUUGUGGCGGCUUCAUAUUCGCUCUCCGUUUGAACCACACCAUGAGCGACGCUGCAGGUUUGGUUCAAUUCAUGACCGCGUUAGGGGAGAUAGCGCGGGGCGCUGACUCCCCUUCUAUUCCGCCGGUGUGGCAGAGGGAGCUCCUGAAUGCCAGGAACCCACCUCGUGUCACUUGCGAACACCGCGAGUAUGACCAAGUAGCUGACACCAAGGGUACCAUCAUACCCUUGGAUGACAUGGCUCACCGCUCUUUUUUUUUCGGACCCACCGAGGUGACGGCGCUAAGGAAGUUAGUUCCUCCUCAGUUCCACAAGGCUUCCACCUUCGAGUUGCUGACUGCAUGCUUGUGGAAAUGCCGCACAGCAGCUUUGAAGAUGGACGCAGAGGAAGAGGUGCGCAUAAUCUGCAUAGUGAACGCGCGGUCAAGGUUUAACCCUCCUCUACCUCGGGGGUACUACGGUAACGGGUUUGCGUUCCCUGUAGCGGUGACUACAGCGGGGAAGCUUUGCAAGAAUCCAAUUGGGUAUGCAUUGGAGCUUGUGAAGAGGGCGAAGGAUGCGGUGACGGAUGAGUAUAUGAGGUCUGUGGCAGAUCUGAUGGUGAGCAAGGGACGACCUCACUUCACUGUGGUGAGGUCGUACCUUGUGUCAGACUUGACACAUGCAGGGUUUGGGGAUGUGGACGUGGGGUGGGGGAAGGCUGUGUACGGUGGGGCUGCCAAGGGUGGUGUUGGGGCUGUUCCAGGGGUUGCCAGUUUCUACAUUCCUUUCAAGAACAUGGUGAGGGGUGAGCAAGGGAUUGUGGUCCCUCUUUGUUUGCCUGCCCAGGCCAUGGACACCUUUGUCACUGAGUUGGAUUCCCUCUUGAAACCUAAAGCCCCACUCAUCAACACUACUCACCUCAUUCCUUCAUCUCUAUGAGUACUGUUAUUUACUACUCUUUGUGUGUGUCGUCAUGAUUAAUAGUCUUUUAAAUUUAAUUAAGUGGCACAAUAAUUAGUGAAUCAAAGGCAUACAAAUUCUAAUAAUAUAUAUGGCUUAACUUAUUAAGCAUUUUAUUUUGAAAA